GAGUUUUGGCCUAGGUCUGAAAUAAAAUUAGGGUUUGUGCGUGCGAGUGGAGCUCACAAUCGAGGUAAGCGUGCGAGCCCGAGAGCACGGCGCCGGCGCAUCGCGUGGAUUACCAGGAAUGCGCGUUCGAAAUGGAGGAGAUUUCUGGCAGCAGCAGCGGCAACAGCAGCAGCAGCAGCAGCAGCAACAACGGCGGCGACGAGUGGGCGGCGAGAGGGCUGGAGAAUGAGCCCCAUUCCUCCAUGCCCGAGUUGGAACAACAGGAGCGCCGGAUCCUGAGAGGGAAAGGUCUAGCUCGCAGCUCCAGCGGCAUUAGCGGCAGUGAGGACAUUGGAACGAGCUCCACUGCCGCUGGCGCUGGCGAAUCGCUCAGGGGGUACCAGAGCAGUGCUGCGUUGAAGGCUUGCUCGGAUUCCCUGUCUCUGGGGUUUGAGUUUGGGGAUGUAGAUGGUUCCAGGAUCGCGGCGGAGAUUAUCUCGGAGCUUGGGCGGGGGCUUCGCAAUCAAGCCGAGGCACUGAGGAUCAUGGAAGAGGAUACUCCUGAGACCGAGCAGCAGUGUUUUUUGCUAGCGCCUCCGGGAGCUAACAAGUCCCAGCUACACAAGCUUUCCAAGAGGACGAAGCUUGUUACUUUUGCUGCGCGUAGGAAGACUCGAGAGACGCAGGCUUUUGAGCUACAGAUCCAGGAGCUUCGCAGGGAGAUGUCUAUCGCAGAGAAGGAGGAAGAGAAAAUCGUUCCCAUCGCGCCCCGGGAGGUGGAGCCAGAAGAACCUUUUGCUGGAGAGGCUAGGAUGGAUCUUACAGAUGAUUUGCUUCACAAGGUUUUCUCUUAUCUGGAUGACGUCUCCUUGUGUCGUGCGGCAAUAGUUUGUCGGCAAUGGCGUGUCGCAAGUGCGCACGAGGACUUUUGGAAGAUUUUGAAUUUUGAAGGCCGACGGGUGACUCCGAAGCAAGUGAGAAACUUAUGCCAAAGGUAUCCCAACGCAAUCGAGCUAAACCUGAAAUGUAAAAUUGUGGAGGAUCUACUUGCGCUUGACGCAAUCCGGAGCCUCAGAGCACUGCAGGUUCUUAGCUUGGGAGAGGGGUUAUAUGGUGAUCCGUUCUUUCACGCUUUAUCGGCCGAAUGCGCUAGUUUGAGAACUUUGAGUAUUUCAGACGCUGUCUUAGGCAGUGGAGCUUCUCAAGAGAUACAGAUCCGUCAUGACCACUUGCUAAAACUCGAUAUUGUAAAAUGCCGAGUUUUACGAGUUCAUGUCCGAGGUUCACAUUUGCAAGGGUUGUCUCUAAGACGCACAGGCACAGCUGCUGUAAUACUUCACUGUCCUCGACUCUUGCGUCUUGAUAUAUCGUCAUGCCAUAAGCUUUCUGAUACUGGAGUGAGAGCAGCAGCGACAACCUGUCCACUUUUGUCGGAGCUGGAUAUAUCUCAUUGCUCUUAUGUCAGUGAUGAAACUCUGCGAGAGAUUGCUAUCGCGUGCUCAAACUUGAGGUCCCUUGAUGCUUCAAAUUGUCCUAACAUUUCUCUUGAAGGUGUUCGGAUGCCAGUGCUCGUUUCUUUGACCCUUGUCAAUUGCGAAGGAAUCAAUUCCUCGUCUAUGACGGCCAUCUCUCAUUGUUACAUGCUCGAAGAACUUCUUCUUGAUUUUUGCUGGUUGCUGACGACGGUAUCGCUAGACUUACCGCGCCUAAAGAAGAUCAGUUUGACAAACUGUCGGAAGUUUUCAGAGCUUGCUCUUCGUUCGCCAGCUCUGACAUCGAUCGAUGUCACAAAGUGUCCAAUGCUCAACAGAAUUGAUAUAAGUUCGAGUAGCCUUCAGAAGCUAGUUCUAAAUCAACAACAAAACCUGGCGACCAUACUUUUGCAAUGCCCAUCCUUGUACGAGGUCGACUUGACAGACUGUGACUCGCUUUCGAACUCUUUAUGUGAAGUCUUCAGUAAUGGGGGCGGAUGCCCGCGAUUGAGAUCACUUAUCCUCGACAGCUGUGAGGGUCUAACGGCUAUAAGGUUAUCGAGCUCAUCGUUACUUUAUUUAUCUCUUGCUGGCUGCCGAACAGUUUCCUCUAUCGAUCUUCAGUGUCCAGAGCUUCAACGCUUGCUGUUAGAUGGAUGUGACCAUCUCAGUCGGGCAAGCUUAAAACCGGUCGGAUUGAGAUCCUUAAAUCUUGGAAUCUGUCCCCACCUGAAAACACUUGUCAUCAGAGCGGAUCAGAUGGUGGCUCUUGAUCUCAGGGGGUGUGGAAUUCUUCGCCAGGCGGAAAUCAUUUGCCCGUCUCUCCUGUCUUUAGAUGCUUCGUACUGCAGCCAACUAGGAGAUGACUGUCUUGCGGCCACGAGUAAUGCAUGCUCGCUUAUACAGUCCCUUGUUCUGGCGUCAUGUCCUUCCGUGGGACCAAGUGGUUUGCUAGCCUUGAAGCAGUUGCCGGGCUUAACAGUUUUGGACCUCUCUUACACAUUUUUGACCGACUUGUCUCCCAUCUACGAAGCAUGUCCUCAGUUGGAGGUCUUGAGGCUCUCUGCGUGUAAAUACCUCGCCAACGACGCUUUGGUCGCCUUGCAUGGUGGAAAACUACUUCCGGAUCUGCAAGAACUUGAUCUUUCGUAUGGGAGCCUUGACCGGAAUGCAAUCGACGGGCUGCUGUCGGAAUGUCCCCACCUCAAACACGUCAGUCUCAAUGGCUGCUCCAACGUGUUUGACAUCGAGUGGCCGUCUGCAAGCACCGAGGAGGAUACCCAUAUGCACGAUGCUGACCGUGAAGAACAGCCAAUGGAAGUUUCAGCGGAGAGGUGCUUGCAGACUUUGAACUGCGUCGGGUGCCCCAACAUCAAGAGAGUUUUCAUUCCGUCAUCGGCUGGUUGCCUCCAUCUCUCGAUUCUGAACCUCUCCUUGUCCACCAACAUAAAGGAGGUACGACUGGCGUGCACGAACUUGAUAGCUUUGAACUUGAGUAACUGCCUGUCGCUCAUGGAUCUUAAACUGGAUUGUCCCAAGCUCGUGAGCCUGUGUUUGCAGGCAUCUGGAAUCGAGGAAGGCGAGCUGGAAGAAGCCAUAAGAGAUUGCAGUUUGCUGGAGACUUUAGACCUUCGGAACUGCCCAAAGAUACAAACUUCUACCCUGGUGAAAAUACGAGCGAUUCGUCCUGGAAUAAAGCGACUCUAUAACAGUUGGGGGACACCCGGCUAGUAGCGCUGCUAUUGUACAGGAAAAAGGAACAAAAGAUAGCCGGCGACCAAAGAUUAUGAAAAGGAAAGGAGCUCCACCAUCAUCCAAGUGAGUGUGGAUGGCUUGUUAGCAUUGUUCGUGCUAAUAGCCAUAUAGUUUUGACAGGAUAUUAUUGCCGGAUAGCUGCCACAGUGAAAGCCUCAAAAGGUCCAUUGUAAUAUCAUAAAUUCCCAGUAUGUAUGUUCAAGCUUCUUCUUCUGUCUUC